AUGGAGAGACCUAGACUGGCCCCCGGCCACACUAGUACGUAUGGCCAGGCUUGCAUGCAAUGCUACAAGGCAAAAUGCCGCUGUGUGCCUAGUGCAAGAAGAGGCGAUGCUUGCGAACGAUGUCGUCGUCUCAGAAAACAAUGCCAGCCAUCGGACUCACUUCGCAGACGCAAUGCUCAGAAAGCCGAAGAAUCCGACAUCCGAAUCGCCCGGCUGGAGGGCAGGAUAGAAACGCUGUUAUCUGCAAUGCAAUCUAUGGCCAGCUCUAACGGACCCUCACCUGAGAUUCAACGGCUCCUUGAUGGGGAGAGCAUUGCAUUAUCCACGUCUAGCUCGAAACCCACUCCAGCAAACUCCACUGCCCUCAACCCUAGCAUCAGCGGAGGCCCUUCUCCGGCGGCGCUGGCGUACACAAAUCCGUUCCCACCGUCGCACUGUUCUCCAUUGCCCUAUGGUAUAUCGCAAAGUCAAGCAGAGACCUCUCUGCUUUUUUUCCGAUCUCAUAUGCUGCCGUGCUUCCCAUUUAUCAACCUUGCUCCAGGUUUAACAGCCUGGCAACUGCACCAAGACCGGCCAUUCCUCUUCCAGGCCAUUCUCACCGUUACUUCAUUCUCGACACAAGUAAGGCUAGCUCGAGCCGAGGAGCUGAAGCACGUCUUGUACACAUCUGCAUUUGUCAAUACCCAGUCGAAUACCGACCUGCUCCUUGGUUUGCUCACGUAUCUAGCAUGGAGUACCGACGCAUUUCUUGGCCGAGCAGAUCUUGUGUCCCGACUUAUGAUGCUCGCCAUUUCAUUGGUAUAUGAUCUACGGUUGUUCAAACCAUCUCAAACAGAAAUUAAGAUCAUCGUGGCAAUUACUCAAGGCCAGAAUUACGACAAUGGCGAGAAUGCCAGCGAGGAAACAGUCGAGGAUCUGGUGGAAAAGCAACGAGCUGUCCUAGCGUGUUUUGUUCUGAGCUCCAACAUUUCAUUUCACCUGGGUCGCCUAGAUGCUCUACGGUGGACACCUCAAAUGGACGAGGCACUUCGCGUCAUUGGAACGAACAAGCUAUGCCUGACGGAUAAGCUCUUUGCAUCCCAGGUACGAUUGCAGCUGCUAAAGCAGAGAGCGGCUUACAUUCGCGAAGAAUACGAGAGAGAUCGCGCUCGUACAUCAACAGCAUUCAUGGCCACUUCCACUCCAGGCUUGUUAUAUCUUAAGACGCUGCGAGGACAGUUGCACGAACUUCUAGCUUAUGCCAUAAGCUGGGAAUCGCCACUUUUCAAUAUGUCAGGGCCGAGGAGUGAUAGUGGGAUUUUACCUGGAUAUGAACGCCUCGAGUAUUUGUGGCAGUCCGUCGAAAACAUUAAGUCGUGGCUUGAUAAUUUCUACAACAUUCCGCCUUCGGAACUCGCUGGUUUUCCUUUUCAUUUCUGGUCACAAAUGAUACGGUGUAUCACCUUUCUAAAAUACCUGUCCGUGCUCGAAGAUCCGUCGUGGGAUCGCCAGGCGGUGCGCAAAACGGUCGACCUAAUAUCUACGAUGGAGUGUAUGACCGGGAAACUUGAUUCGAGUGGCGAAGGCCCUGGCCUUGAUGGCGAGGAUAAUGUGUUCAAGCUUUUAUCGAAACUUUUAAACCGUUGUCGGGUUUGGGCCGAUACACGAUGGAACAACACCCCGCCGGAAACUGGGUCACAGCAGAGUGCCUAUUCUGACGCGCACAGUCAGGACAGCUAUAUACCAGAUCUGGAUCAGAUGGCCUGGAUCCAGUCAAUGAACUUAGAAAGUGAUCAGUGGUUUGAGGAUGUGUUGGGCUGGCCUACAGCCUCAAUUUAG